GUUUAGGGGCAGAGAGAGUCAACAGAGGAAGUGCAGUAAUAGGAAAAAGGAACCAAGCAACAACCGAAAAAAGAACAACUUGAGAGACUAAACGUAAAAGAGAACUCAUGAGAGCAUGAAGAUACUUUUCCUUGUAAUCGCAUUUCUUAUGCAUGGGACAGCAAACACAAAGACUGAAGUCACAGGAAUAUCUGGGGAAAACAUUAUAAUAACAUGCUUUCGCUACGAUGGAUCUGAUCACAUCAAAUACUUCUGCGAGAAAAACUGUAUAUAUGAUGACGAUGUCCUAAUAAAAAGCAAGGGCAAAGCAAGAUGGUAUUCAAAAGGAAGAUACAGCAUAAUAGAUGAUGGGAAAACAUUCAGAGUUCAAAUCUCUCAGCUGACAAAGAAGGAUGCUGGUACCUACUGGUGUGGAUGGGAACGAUCACUCCGAGAUGAUUACGAAAAAGUUGUCCUCACUGUCAGCAAAGGAACAACAAAAGCACCCAAACAAGACAAGACAACAACAAACCCAACUGAGCAAUUUCGUCUAAGUACUCCAUCCUCUAAGCCUGAUCGCUACAGCACUGCCAAACAAGACAAGACAACAACAAACCCAACUGAGGAAUUUCUUCCAAGAACCCAAUCGUCUAUGAAACCAUUGUACAUUGGAGCAAGCCUUGGAGUAAUCACACUCACCCUGGCAUUAGUUCUUCUCUUAUACUUCAAAAAGCAAAAAAGGAAGAUUAGCACAUAUUCUGAAAAAGGAAUGGACGAGACCCCAGGGUAUGCAACGGUUUCCAGAGAAAAGAUCAAAUCAUCUGAUGCCAUGCCGUCAUCUACAGCUCAAAGCCAGGAUACCAGCAAAUAUAGUGAUUCCCUGAUUUCCCCAGACGGUCUAGUCUAUUCCACUGUCAGCCACAGCCAUAUGAACAGCAGCCAGGUCUCCAAACAGUCUCCAAACGUGACAUACGCCACCGUUCUCGUCACAAAUGAAUCUGAAUCAGUGUACUCCAACGUCUGAGCGCAGUGCACAUCACCACUCUGAAGAAAUCUCAUGAACAUAUUAUGUUUGGAAAAGUUUUUGAGAAAAUAACAAAAUAACAUGCUUUAAUUUAUAACAGAAUAAAGAUGUUUGCCUGUA